AUGUGUUGCAGCCACCGACUCGCAGAGGCCUCAGCGCCGGGUCAACUCGUUCCUAAUCCCACCGAAAUCGUCGUCGGCGAAAACUUGCCAGACGGCUACUGGCUCCAAGCCUUCUACUUCCACCGCGACGACCUGUUUCCGGACUUGGUCGGAUACGGGCUGGGCACGGCGAAGGAGCCUGCGACGAUCAUGUUGUAUGUCAAUCCCAAAAAUCAAGAGAAUGGAGCAACAGGAUGGCUUGCAGUCCCCAUUCAGAUAAUGGACUUCCCGGUCGCCAUGGCCGCAGUCGACCUCACGGGCGAUGGCUAUAAUGACGUUGUGAUUUGCGACCGAUACGGUCCAAGUAUGGGUGAUCUCUGGCCGAAGGACGGAAAAGACGGGGGCCGCGUUCAGUGGUUGCGGAAUCCAGGUCGGCGCAUCAUGCCUGAUAAUACACCUUGGGCAGCGGCACGCAUCGGGAACUCGACGGGAAUGCAUCGCUUGAAUGGUAAGCCAGGCUUUCUGGCAAUGGCUAUGACUGACACCGAAGUUGUCGUAGUCGGGCGUUUCACGAGCAACGAGCAUCCUCAAGUCCUCGCCGUCCCCAUCAUUGCGGCAUCCAGCGACCUCGAGAGCCCCGCGCCUGUCAUUUUAUUCACGCCUCAGUAUAGCACAGACGUCAAUGCGGGGCCUACAUCGUGGGACGAAUCGGUGCCAUUUCCCAACCAAUUCAGGCUCAUCCAUGAUGUCAAGGUUUUGCCCGUCUUGCGCCCGGACUUGGACGGGAUCCUUGUCUCUGGACGGGAAGGUAUUGUGUAUCUGUACUACAACCGGUCUCGCGGGUGGGCCUCCACAGUAAUCGGGAAUGGGCUUGCGCCGCAGGGGGCAAACCCAUACUGGGGAUCCGGGUCUGUCGAUAUUGGGAGGGUGCUAGACGAUCCGGUUGGCUACAUUGCCACCUCAGAGGUAAGAUUUCCUCUCCCGCCGGCACCGUUGUUGACUCCGACGCCGCAGGGAUUUCACGGAAAUGUUGUGUCUGUUUACAUCAAGAAGGACGGCGCACCGAAGGGAGCCAAGUCGCUGUUGCAGUCGAGCAACUGGACUCGGGUUAAGAUUGACGACUUUGGCCCGCUCAACGCCGCGCAACACACAGGCACGAUCCAUCAUGUGGCGGUCGGGGACUUUGACGACAGCGGCAUCGAUUCGUUUGCGAUCGCUUGCAUGGGAGCACCCAUUGAAGAACCGAAGAACUCUGGUGUCUACCUAUACAAGCCCACCGAUAUCAAGACGGGGACGUUCAAGAAAUCUCAGAUAACCAACCGCUCAGCCGGCCGCCUCGCAGUCGCGCACUACACGAGCAAAGACCGCCCUGUGGACAUCGCCUCGAUCUCGUAUUACGUCCCCAGAUACCACACCGGCCCGGAAGCCCCGAGCAUCCGCAUCAACCCGAGCGUGUUCUUCGCUCCGGAUGCUGCAGCGGAGAUCCGCGCCGCACGACUGCAGCACGAAGUCCUCUUGCUCAUCCCACGUCCAAAGACGCUUGGUCUCAUAGGCGUUGUAUCCAUGCCGCUGAUCACCGUGGCCGGCAAGCGCCUCAUUGUUUACGCCGUCCCCCCAGAUGUGGAGGUCCGAUUUGGUCCAAAGGAUGCGAUCAAGGUGUUAUAUGGGGAUAUUGUUAUGAAGAGCACCAACGGCAAGGUUGUCCAACGCACCCUCGCGCCAGAGCGGUUCCAGGCGGCCACCACAAGAAUCCUCUCGGCGGACGGCUCUGUUCGGGCCGGUGCUGACGGUGCAGUGUUUUUGUUGAUGGAGCAUAUGCCGGACUUGGUACAGGGCCCGUUCCAUUCGAUGCACAAGCUGCAGAUUGGGAAUGUGUUCCCGGCCCACACGCCGGCAGACGUACAGGCCCUGCAAUUUGGGUUCACCAAGGUUGACCAGCUUCCGUGGGCAAGCGGCGGAAAUUGGGACAAGUUCGAGUUCUACAAUAUGAGCGGCUUUCAGCUGGUCUUCGGCGACGACGCGAUGGAGAAGAUUUGCCAUGUUCAGCUUUGGACGCUCGGACUGGGCGAGACGGCCCGCUUCCACAUUCAUGACACGGUCCCGUUCUGCGAAAUCCAUUGCUGUCUCUCCAAUGGGGGUACUACAACGGACGGCUACAGCGGAAUGCGCUGGUUCCCAGACGACUUCCCCUUCGACACCGCUCAGGAGCUGCAGAAGGCAUACGUGGAGAAUAACUCGAAGCAUCUUGCCUGCCGGGACCUGGAGGAGCACGGCCCGCUCUGGAAGGUACAGCCUGGCGGAUUCCGCGCACGGCCGCUGCUCCUUCCGAAUGGGUGCGUGGACUAUCCGUUCCAUGGGUGGCUCAGCAGCCGCUUCGGAGACCGCCAGAUUCCGAUUGACCCGCCGCUUGUCGGCGACGAGCAGCGGUAUGAUGUUUGGUUGGCGUUCGAGUUCCCAAUAGCUGCGUUCCAGUUCUAG